UAUAAUGGUAUUUGCCGCCCUGCUCGCUAGUAUUUCACUCCUGCUACAAUUCACGCGGCCCGCACGACGACGUUUCGCUGCACUCUAUGUUCCUCUUCCUCUUCUUCUAACCAUAAGCACUAUUACUUCCUCCACCUCUUCGAAGACGUCGUCCACCACUGGUGUUAGUUGCCGUGUCUCACGUCCGUCCGAUACCAUCAUCUUGCAAUUCGGUCCUCAACUUGAUGUCCAUCAUGCACAUAUUGACUAUAGUCCUUUUCGCCGUCCUUGCAAUAGUAAAGGGUGAAUUUUUUGGCGCUGGACCGAAUUUCGUUUUCGAUGGGAGUUUGGAUCCCAAUUUCAACGGUGGAAGGGACUCGCGGGCGGACAGGGGACCCGUUGUAUUCCCACCUGCUCCCCCUGACAACGGGGAGACUAGCGGAGUCAUUCCUGGUGCCUCCGGAUACGGCUUUGUACCAACAGCUAAUGGACAGAAUUUCGGAGGGUUCAAGCCUUACUAUUUGUAAAUAGACAAUGGAUACUAGAAAAAAAAA